AUGGCCGUCCCAGACAAGUACAAACAGCUCGGCGAGUUUUACAAGUAUUAUACAGGCGAGAUGACUGCCCCCGUCCUGACCAUCAUCAUUGGCGGUAAUCAUGAAGCCUCAAAUUAUCUUUGGGAACUAUACCAUGGCGGAUGGCUAGCCCCGAAUAUAUAUUUCCUUGGGCACGCCGGCUGCCUUCAGGUCAACGGGAUACGCAUUGCAGGCGCGUCAGGAAUAUUCAAAUCCCAGGAUUUUCAUCAAGGUCACUUGGAACGACUCCCUUACACCGCUUCGUCGAUGAGAAGUAUCUAUCAUAUCAGAGAGUACAACGUUCGUCGACUCUCGCUGCUCUCGUCGCCACACAUCUUCCUUUCCCAUGAUUGGCCGCAAGGGAUCGAGCAUCACGGCGACACUCGCGGUCUUAUUAGAAGAAAACCCUUCUUCCGACGCGACAUUGACACGGGGAACCUUGGUUCGCCGCCGCUGAUGCACCUUUUGAGAACUCUGAAGCCUGCGUGGUGGUUCGCUGCGCAUCUCCACGUCCGCUUUGAGGCGCUAUUCACUCACGAUGCUGGUCCGUCACUGAACAACGAGCCUCCGCCCGCCACAGUUCACAAUCCCGACGAAAUCGUCAUCGAAGAUAUCGAUGAGCCUGAUGCGGCCCCAUCCACUGAAGCUGUCGUCGUCGAGAAGGAUGCCUCGGAGCCUGUGUCCCAGUCGGCGCCUCGUAUCAAUCCCGAUGAAAUUCUGCUCGACGAUGAAGAAGAGCAGAUCAUUGACGUUGAAAGCGACCCUGAAUUCGGCGAAACGUCUCCCCCCAUCCUCUCCUACGACCCUGAAUGGCUUGCCAUCACACGAGCGUUCCAGCCUUUCUUCUCCCUUACGCGCCAUCAGCCGCCCUUCCCAAAAGAAGCUCAGGCAUGGGCGAUGAUCGAGAAAGAGCUCGAGUGGGUCAAGCAGAACGUUGGAAAGAAACUCGCCGCGGACGACGCGCACGUUUCGCGGCCGGCUUUCUGGCGCGUUGACAGUUGCCAGAAGUUCGCGAUGACGGCGCCAGGGCCGGGGCAAGAGGGGGGUCCGAAGCACCAGCAGCCACCGCUGUAUGCAAAUCCCCAAACGGAUGCAUUCGCUGACAUGCUCGAAAUCGAGAACAAAAUUGCUCCUCGCGCGGCACAGUCCUCGCGUCUAGCAGCCGGCCCGUCGACCACACAAGCUGCUGCUCGGUCGGUUGGAUAGGGGCUGUCGGUUUCCUUCGCGAAUACGGGAACAAGGCUCUGCACGAAACGUCGCUAGAGUCUUCGGGGUUAGCUGGGACAAGGCUGCGCAGCGCUCCGUUGUCGGAAUGCACGACUUUGUAUCGCCACCGCAAUUGCGAACAGUGAUGCCGAUGAAGUCUGAUC